AAGAGUAGGCAAAUCGCAAAUCACAAAUCGAAAAUCACAUAUCGCUUAACGGAAAAGGCACAUUUAGCUGAGCUUGACACAGAGCAAAUCGUACAAAGAUUUCAAACAGUAGACUUCACAGAGGAGACUUUACAGAGUAGAUUUCACAGAGUCUGAGGUGAAAACUUGCAAAUAAGCCACGCCCUUCUCUCUCCUUUUUCAACAACUUCAUUUAAAAAGACUGAUUCCAUCUCUGCCCCGUCUCUACACUAUCCGUUUCACUUCCUGUUUCCUGUGCCCCUCCCACCUUACCUUAUUUGGACAUGAGCUCCUGCCCAAUGCCCAAAAGCAGUAAGUCGGUGAAGAGAGGCGACUCGGACGAUGACGCCACAGAGUCUGCCCGUGAUCUUCACUCCAAUGAAGAUGGCACCGAAGAAUCCUUUAAGAAGGCCGCGCUGAUCGUCAACGGUGAUGGGCCGGUGUGCGGGGCCAAGGACGUGGAGAAGGCGGGAUCAGACGAGGAGGAGGAGCGUCCAGCCUGGAACAGUAAACUGCAAUAUAUCCUGGCUCAGGUGGGAUUCUCCGUGGGGCUUGGGAAUGUCUGGAGAUUUCCCUAUCUCUGCCAGAAGUACGGAGGAGGAGCGUUCCUGGUCCUGUACCUGAUCCUGCUCAUCCUCAUUGGGAUCCCUGUUUUCUUCCUGGAGCUCGCUGUGGGGCAGAGGUUUCGCCGUGGCAGCAUCGGCAUCUGGAACUAUAUCAGCCCCAGACUAGGAGGAAUUGGCUUUGCCAGCUGUGUGGUGUGCUUCUUUGGGGCAUUGUACUACAAUGUGAUCAUUGGCUGGAGCCUGUUCUACUUCUCUCAGUCGUUCCAGCAGCCUCUGCCCUGGCAUGAGUGUCCUCUGGUCAAGAACGAGACCUACACCUAUGUGGUCCCUGAAUGUGAUAAGAGUUCGGCCGCCACAUAUUACUGGUACCGCGAGGCUCUGGACAUCUCCGACAGUAUUUCAGAGAGCGGAGGUCUCAACUGGAAGAUGACCCUGUGUCUGCUGGCUGCAUGGACCAUGGUCUGCCUGGCCAUGAUCAAGGGCAUACAGUCCUCCGGGAAGGUGAUGUACUUCAGCUCCCUGUUCCCGUACGUGGUCCUGAUCUGUUUCCUGGUCCAGGCUCUUCUUCUCAAAGGAUCUGUGGAUGGGAUCAAGCACAUGUUUACUCCACAGAUAGACGUCAUGGCGGACCCUAUGGCGUGGAGGGACGCAGCAAGUCAGGUUUUCUUCGCUCUGGGAUUGGGAUUCGGAGGUGUCAUUGCGUUUUCUAGCUAUAACAAACGAGACAAUAACUGUCACUUCGAUGCCGUGCUUGUCUCUUUCAUAAACUUCUUCACUUCUGUUCUGGCCACGCUGGUCGUCUUCGCUGUGCUGGGGUUCAAGGCCAACAUCAUGAACGAUAAAUGUGUUGCCACAAACACAAACCGCGUUGUGUCCCUCCUGGGCACACGUAUCGAGGCCAGUCUGAUCCCUCAUCACAUAAACCUGUCGGCUCCAGAGACUGUCACUGCAGAGGACUACCACCAAAUAAUCUCUGUUAUCAGAGCUGUGCAGGAGGAUGACUUCAGCAAACUGGGACUGGAGACCUGCAGCAUCGAGAAGGAGCUCAACCAGACUGUUCAGGGCACAGGUCUGGUCUUUAUCGCCUUCACAGAGGCCAUGACACACUUCCCGGCCUCUCCGUUUUGGUCCGUCAUGUUUUUCCUGAUGCUGGUGAACCUGGGGCUCGGAAGCAUGUUCGGAAUCAUUGAGGGAAUUCUCACUCCACUCAUCGACACCUUCAAAGUCCGGAAGGAGCUGUUCACAGUGGGUUGCUGUGUCCUGGCCUUUUCCAUCGGACUUAUGUUUGUUCAGAGAUCAGGGAACUACUUUGUGGCCAUGUUUGACAGCUACACUGUCACUCUGCCCCUGCUCAUCGUGGUGAUCCUGGAGAAUGUAGCUGUGGUUUGGGUCUAUGGCAUCGACAAGUUUUUUGAAGACCUUCGGGACAUGUUGGGAUUCUCUCCGUUUAGGUUCUACUAUUACAUGUGGAAGUUCAUCACUCCGAUCCUGCUCCUGCUUCUGCUUGGAUCCAGCUUCAUCCAAUUGGUCAUGACUCCUCCCAGCUACAGUGCCUGGAACCAGGAGCAGGCGGCGGAGCAGAAGUUGGCUUUUCCCGUGUGGGGCAUCGUAGUGUGCAUCUCUCUGGUCGUCAUGGCGAUCCUUCCUGUUCCCGUGGUGUUCGGACUCCGCUUCUGUAACAUCAUCGACGACAGUCCUGGCGGGUUGUCAUCCGUAUCCUACAAAAGAGUACGGAUGAUCGCGGAGACACCACAGACCGAAGACGUGGAUGACGCUAGCCUCAUCCAUGGCAACAGCCCCAGCCAGGAGCCCUCCCCCACGCCCGGAAUCUACCGCAAACACGCCGCUAACGCUAACGAUGCUGACGGAACAGCAGCGCCCCCGGAGGUCGACACAGCUCCCAACGGACGCUACGGCAUCGGUUACCUGACGGUGGAGAUGCCCGACAUGCCCGAGUCAGACUUGUAG